AUGUCCUCCACACAACAAACUGAACUCCUGGAUUCACUGCCGUACUAUGAUAAUGAUCUUGAUACGCACCCAGAACUGAGGCAGAAAGUUGAGCAAGAGUUGGCGCGAGCUGGUAAACCCCCGACGACAUUACAUCCUCGCGUGCCGCCUCCAAUCACACUGUUUGCUAAGAACCCCUUGCUACAGGCUGAGCUGGAGCGCGUUGAAUCACACCAACCAUUCCCUCAAGUUGAUCAGAUUCGGUAUCAGCUACCAGGACCCACAUCCGUGCCAGGUACAGACGAAGAGUGGCAGGCAGCCGUCAGGAAUGCACAAGCGCAACUUGAACAUCAGCGUUUACGGCAAUCGAACGCGACGUUAUUGCAGACUUACGGCUCAAAUGCUUGGAGGAUACAUAACUAUUUGUUAGAAGCGAAUUCUCAACAGAUUGAGAAGGCUCUCGAGGAUCUCAAGCAGCUGACUGUUGACUUGAAUCGUGAACGUAAAAACUCGCAGACACGCUUGGGAGCACAACUCACUGCGCUGGAAACGCGGUGGACUGAACUUAUUUCCAAUAUCCUGCAAAUCGAGAUGGCAAACGUCGCGUUAGAUAUAGACAUUGACCGACUCAACAAAAAAGAGGCAGACUUGGCUGCUAUGUAG